AUGACUACCGACACUGACAUUGAAAUAAUCCGUACAUCUCUUUUAAUUUUCGCAUUAAUUGGUUUAUUUGGUAACGCGAAUAUUAUCUGCGCAACGUGGCAGAACAAAGCGUUGCAGCAUAAGUGCGGAGUGAUGCUAGCAGUGUUAGCUUGUUGUGACUCUCUUUGUCUUCUCAAUGAAUUUCAGUCCUUCUUACGGAUGACGCUGAAAUUAGGUGGUACUACUUUGAGAAGUUGCUUCUGGGCAAAUGCCUCCUACGUCUUCAUCGAGCCAUUCGAAGUGUAUAUGAUAUUCGCGCUAGCUAUCGAUCGCCUGAUCGCGCUCAACUUUGUGGUCUUAUACCGAACAGUGAACCGCAAUAAGUAUCUACUGGUUCUGGUAACACCUGGAGUUUUGAUUGGAUUUCUGUUUUUGCUAAUGAGUUUCAUAAAACUGGAUGCGUCGGAAGUGGAGCCAUGCAUCUUGCCAAAUGCUAUGCCGGUGGCGGUAUUCAUCGUCUGGAACCAAUAUAACCUGUGGGGCGCAGUUGUGACACUACUGGUCUAUCUUUAUACGUAUAUGGUUGUGUAUUGCUGUACAUUCAAGAACAAGACCGAAAAGAACAUUAUGAUUCAAAAAGCAAUUUUAAACACGGUGAUAGUUGGAGCAGUGGUAUUUUGUGGGUCUUCAGUUCUAUCCGCCUUGUUGAUCGCAGUGAUGGGUAAUAUCGAGGAUCCGCCAGUGGAUCCGGAUACAAUUAACACUUAUGCAGUGAUUCCGGGUCUUAUUUCAUAUUCAUGCAAUUUCUAUGUAUAUUACUGGCGGAGUACCGACUACCGUAACGCGUUCAUCAAACAGUUAUGUUGUGGAAAAGUGCUGACAACUCAAGAGAAAGUGGUAUCCGUGAUGUCAGUUUCAAAUGUUUCCGUCUCGAAACGAGCCAUUUUACUUUGA